AUGCAGCCGUCCAGCGUUCCAGCAACAGCGGCAGAGAAGGAGAAGGAGAGGCCAAGUGUGUCAGUGUUUAAGCUCUUCUCAUUUGCUGAUUUCUACGAUUGCGUUCUGAUGGUUCUUGGAUCCAUUGGUGCGUGCAUUCACGGAGCCUCCGUUCCAGUUUUCUUCAUUUUCUUCGGCAAACUCAUCAACAUCAUCGGCCUUGCUUACCUUUUCCCACAACAAGCGUCUCACAAAGUCGCAAAGUACUCGUUGGAUUUUGUAUAUCUGAGUGUGGUGAUACUCUUUUCAUCAUGGCUAGAGGUCGCAUGUUGGAUGCAUACGGGAGAGAGACAAGCGGCGAAGAUGAGAAAAGCUUAUCUGAGGUCAAUGUUAAGUCAAGACAUAAGCUUAUUCGACACCGAAUCUUCCACCGGAGAAGUCAUCUCUGCCAUCACCUCUGACAUACUUGUCGUCCAAGACGCUCUCUCCGAGAAGGUAGGGAAUUUCUUGCACUGCAUGAGCCGGUUUAUAGCCGGUUUUGUAAUCGGAUUCACGAGCGUAUGGCAAAUAAGUCUUGUCACUCUCUCCAUAGUCCCACUCAUUGCUCUCGCCGGAGGUAUCUACGCUUUUAUCGGCACCGGACUUGUUGUUCGUGUCCGCAAAUCAUACGUCAAGGCCGGCGAGAUUGCAGAAGAGGUGAUCGGUAAUGUGAGGACCGUACAAGCGUUCACGGGAGAAGAAAAGGCUGUGGGAUCGUACCGAGAAGCCUUGAAGAAUACGUACUCGUACGGGAGGAAAGCCGGUUUAGCCAAGGGACUAGGACUCGGUUCGAUGCACUGUGUCCUGUUUUUGUCUUGGGCUUUGCUCGUUUGGUUCACAAGCAUCAUUGUUCACAAGGGAAUCGCUAAUGGCGGCGAAUCUUUCACUACCAUGCUCAACGUUGUCAUCGCUGGCCUGUCUCUUGGUCAGGCAGCGCCAGAUAUCUCCACCUUUAUACGAGCGAGAGCUGCUGCGUAUCCGAUUUUUCAGAUGAUCGAGCGGAACCAGGAGCCGAAAACGGGUCGUAAACUUGGGAAAGUAGACGGAGAGAUACAAUUCAAGGACGUGACUUUCACAUACCCGUCUCGCCCUGACGUGGUGAUCUUUGACAAGCUCAACUUGGUGAUUCCUGCGGGGAAAGUUGUGGCACUUGUUGGAGGAAGCGGGUCCGGUAAAAGCACAAUGAUAUCUCUAAUCGAGCGCUUCUACGAGCCUACGGAAGGGGCGGUGUUGCUUGACGGGAACGAUAUCAGAUACCUGGAUCUUAAGUGGCUAAGAGAACACAUCGGUCUGGUUAACCAAGAGCCUGCCCUGUUUGCAACCACGAUUCGCGAGAACAUUCUGUAUGGUAAAGAUGACGCGACUACUGAGGAAAUUACCAAUGCAGCAAGGCUCUCGGAAGCUCUUUCAUUCAUCAACAAUCUCCCUGAAGGAUUUGAAACCCAGGUUGGAGAGAGAGGGAUUCAGCUAUCUGGUGGGCAGAAACAGAGGAUAACAAUUUCGAGAGCGAUCGUGAAAAACCCUUCGAUACUCUUGCUUGACGAAGCGACAAGCGCUCUAGACUCAGAGUCGGAAAAAAGCGUACAAGAAGCUUUGGACAGAGUGAUGGUUGGGAGGACUACGGUUGUGGUGGCUCAUAGACUCUCCACCGUGAGAAAUGCUGACAUCAUAUCCGUCGUUCAAGGAGGUAAGAUCAUCGAGUCUGGAAGCCACGACGAACUCAUCUCCAACCCUGAUGGAGCUUACUCUUCUCUCCUACGUAUCCAAGAAUCUGUCAACCCUAACUUGAACCACACUCCAAGCUUACCAAUCAGUACAGAAUCCUUGCCGGAACAACAAAUACCAAAGAGGAACUUGUGUUCCUUUCAUCAAUCAGCAAAUCAACUAGACACGACCCAACAGGGCAAAGUAACGUUGAGACGUCUCUACUCUAUGAUCCGUCCUGACUGGAAGUAUGGAAUCUUUGGGACGUUAGGUUCCUUGAUCGCGGGAUCUCAGAUGCCACUUUUCGCGCUUGGAAUCUCGCAGGCUUUGGUUUCUUAUUACAUGGACUGGGAGACGACUCAACACGAGGUCAAGAGAAUCUCUAUCUUCUUCUGUUGUGCCUCGGUCAUAACCGUCAUCGCACACGCCAUUGAGCAUACCACCUUCGGUAUUAUGGGUGAGCGUCUCACUCUCCGUGUUAGGCAAAUGAUGUUUUCAGCAAUCUUGAGGAAUGAAAUCGGGUGGUUUGAUAAGGUCGACAACACUAGCUCGAUGUUAGCGUCACGGCUUGAAAGCGAUGCGACUUUGCUUAGGACCAUUGUGGUCGAUAGAUCGACGAUUCUACUGGAGAAUUUUGGUCUUGUUGUGACCUCUUUCAUUAUUUCUUUCAUACUCAACUGGCGUCUCACUCUCGUUGUCUUGGCCACAUACCCAUUGAUCAUUAGCGGUCAUAUCAGCGAGAAACUUUUCAUGCAAGGCUACGGAGGAAACUUGAGUAAAGCGUAUAUGAAGGCUAACAUGCUGGCCGGAGAGUCUGUUAGCAACAUCCGAACAGUGGCCGCCUUUUGUGCAGAGGAGAAAGUUCUAGACCUUUAUUCCAAAGAGCUUUUAGAACCUUCCAAACGUUCUUUCAAGCGUGGACAGAUCGCAGGGAUUUUGUAUGGCGUCUCUCAGUUCUUCAUCUUCUCCUCCUACGGCCUUGCACUCUGGUAUGGAUCGAUCUUGAUGGGGCAAGGAUUAUCAAGUUUCGAAUCGGUUAUGAAAACAUUCAUGGUUUUGAUCGUAACGGCGUUAGUGAUGGGUGAAGUGUUGGCUCUAGCUCCUGAUCUGCUUAAAGGAAACCAGAUGGUUGCUUCGGUUUUUGAGCUAUUGGACCGAAGAACUCAGGUCUUUGGAGAUACCGGCGAGGAGCUUAGUAAUGUGGAAGGCACCAUUGAGCUCAAAGGUGUCCAUUUCAGCUACCCGUCACGGCCAGAUGUGACUAUCUUCCGCGAUUUUAAUCUGACAGUUCCUUCCGGAAAAAGCAUGGCGCUCGUGGGACAAAGUGGGUCGGGGAAAAGUUCUGUCCUUUCCCUCAUUCUCCGGUUCUAUGAUCCUACCGCCGGGAAAAUCAUGAUAGACGGAAAAGACAUCAAGAGCCUGAGAUUGAAAUCGCUGCGAAGACACAUUGGUCUGGUUCAACAAGAGCCGGCUCUUCUUGCGACAACUAUCUACGAGAACAUCUUGUACGGCAAAGAAGGAGCUUCUGAAUCUGAAGUCAUGGAAGCAGCUAAGCUUGCAAACGCUCACAGCUUCAUCAGCUCUCUCCCGGAAGGUUACUUAACCAAAGUCGGUGAACGCGGCAUUCAGAUGUCGGGCGGCCAGAGACAGAGGAUCGCUAUCGCUAGAGCCGUCCUCAAGAGUCCAGAGAUUCUGCUUCUUGACGAAGCCACAAGCGCCUUGGACGUUGAAUCAGAGCGUGUGGUGCAAGAAGCAUUGGAUCGGCUAAUGAUGAACCGGACCACGGUGGUGGUGGCUCACCGGCUAUCGACGAUCAAGAACUCAGAUAUGAUUAGUGUAAUCCAAGAAGGCAAGAUCAUAGAGCAAGGCAGCCACAAUAGCCUCGUUGAGAACGAGAAUGGACCUUACUCUAAACUAAUCAAUCUUCAGCAGCAGCUGCAACCUCAACACCCCGAAUAG